AUGAGAGGGUGGCCUGAGAUGGAGAAUCUUUUAAACGCUUUUGCGCCAGAACUUGAAGCAGGUAUAAAAGAAUUUCAAACAUCAUGCAGAGAUUUAUUUGAAGAAAUGAAAGCGAAUGUAGACCUCCUAAACGAAUCCAUGGUAGAGCUAAGGGAUAAAUUGCAAGAAUAUAUCGACAGAAAAAGGACUGAACUUUCAGCUGAAGAUUUAUCUCGUUAUUCAGCUCAGCUAGACCUCUAUACCCAAAUCUGCGACAGCCUUGCUAAUGGUCAAAAAGACCAAGCCACGGAACUUAUAGAAAGAUUAUCUGACCAUGGAGAUCUCCCCAGCCAAUUAAUACCUCCACCGUCAGAAGUUUGCACAAUUAUGUAG